AAACACCACGAACAGCAGAAGAUAUGCAUUUCUCGACCUAAAUAUAGAGAUGGAAGAAGAGAUAAAGCGGUUAAGGUAUGAAUUAGCUCGAUAUAAGUUAUUAAAAAAAACAUAAAUCUGAAGAUAAGAGACGCUGCAGCCUGCGACUCUUAUCUUAAAGGUGUACACCAUCAAUUUAGAGUCGUGUUACCUGAUGGUCCAAGGGGUCCCAGCCAUCGGGGUGAUGACAGAGCUGAUCCAACUGUGUGCCCUGUACGGAGCUGUGGAGGAGUACAGGCCCCUGGACGAGUACCCUGCUGAGGAAUUCACGGAGGUCUACCUUGUUAAGUUCCAGAAACUCACCAGCGCCAGAGCAGCCAAACGACGCAUGGAUGAGAAGAGUUUUUACGGUGGUGUGCUGCAUGUGUGCUACGUCCCAGAAUAUGAGACUAUGGAAGACACCAGGCUGAAGCUUCAAGACAGGAGGAGAUAUGUUAUCAGGGCUGUUCAGAAUAAAGCAAGAGAAAGGAAACAGGAGGCCGUAAACAAGGAGACAGUAAACAAGGAGACCACGUCAUCAAACACAGCCACCACAUCAGAGACGGUCAUCCCCAGACGUGAUAAAACCUCCGACAAUGAUAAUUCAGAGAAGAAGUCAAACAUCAGCCACUAUUCAGACUUUCCUCUACUGCCAUUACCUCCCCAGGAAUACCAUUACUACUGGCAUAAAAAUCAACAUGGGACUAUACCGACAGAAGACAAAAUGGGGACAUUACAUAAUGCCGUCAUUGACACAAAACAGCAGCAAGGGCCCAGUUCAAGCUCCGGCCAAACCUCUUCAGACAGAGACACAGAACGCAGACUGACCUCAAGUCAGUCUUCUACAGUAGCCAGAUUUGUCCCAAGAACCACACACUUGGAGAACAGGAAACGCAAGAUGGAAGCUGCAGCGGAGCACUCACCGACUGAUGUUACUAGAAACAAUGAGACACUUAUUGGGCCAAAGCUACCGGAACCUCCCAAACUGGACAUGGAGGAUGAGUCACUAAACACAACUGUAAACCUGAUCAGGAACACGAUGAAUAAGGUGGAAUCCGUUCCUGGCCUUAAACCAGUAGAGAAAAAGCUGAAACCACGUCGUCGGAUUUGAUCCAAUGAGCUGCCUUAAUGCUGGAAUUUCUGGAGAUUCUUUUGGAAAAUUACAAUUCAAACCGUUUCCCUUGGCAGAUUGCUUUUAUUUACAAAUGUUGCCCCACAAUUCAAACAGCUAUUACAUUUUUAUUAAAGAAUAUAUUUCUGAAAUAGCACUUGAAUGUGAUUCCUUCAUUGUUUCAGUUCUUGAAAUACAUGCUGCUCAAAUGUCUCAAUUCUCUGAAAACAGGGGGGGGAAAAGAGUGCAAGAUUAAGAAUUUCUGAUGUAGAAAUUACUUAAUUUAUUUACUAAUUUACUACUUUAAUUUGUGAUUACCGUGACGUCAGGGAGGCAAGUUCCAAAAGCCUCAAGUAGUAGAUUCUCCUCUCUAACUGACUGUUCAAAGUCAGUUAAAGACAGUCUGCCAUCAUGGUUAUGGUCCUACGAAAAUAUAAAAUGUGUUUGUAGCCAGUUGUGUACAUAAAUUAGUCAGAUAUGUGAAUCUCAGAUUGUUUCUACUUUUCACCCUCUGAAACACAAAACUUUGACAUCCUUUUGAAGGAGGAGAGAACAUAUGUAGAGGUAAAUCAAGGAAUUUUUAAACCAACAGGCCAGCAGCAUUCAUCCCCUCACCAUCUUCUUGAGCGUGAUCUCCACCAAGUCUUUGACUCCUUCCUCACGUUCCUCAGAGGACAGUCCGGGGAGGC